AAAAUGACAUAAAAUAGUUGAAAUGUGAGAAUCCUCAAAGAAGAGUGGAACAAGAUGGUAAGUUCAAUGCAUUCAAAUUUGAUCGUAUAAAUUGGGGGAUAUCAUUUUGUGGUAAUCAACUAAGCAUUGACCAGUUGAUGAGUCACAUUGUUGUAUGGUGGUAGAAGGAAAUUUCUGCUAGCUGUAUAUAACUGCAGUUUUAAUAACACUGCAUCAAUCCAAACGUCAAUACAAUUUCCACGACACUACCACACCAAAAUUACAUCAAACAAACAUAACUUCUUCACUCUACUUAACCACACCAAAGGGCACAACCGUCAUUUCGCAAAAACCGCGUCAACCGCACCUAGCCGUAGUAAUCACAAGUAACAGAAAAAAUUGAAGAUAAAUAAACGUUACCGGUACAACCAACCACCACACUCCAUCGAUAAAAGAAACCCUCUGUUCCGGCAAGCAACAACGACAGCAUGGAAAACGAUGAAGCUAAAGAAAUCGAAGCGAAUGAUUUCGCGCUUAGCGGCAAGAUAAUGCUAUUCGCCAUCGUCGUUCUCUUCGUCAUCAUCGUCAUAAUGCUUUGCCUCCACGUCUACGUCCGCUGCACCCUCCUUCGAGCUCGCCGCCGGCAACAACUUCCCCGAAGAAGCAACCCCCCGCAGUUCGUAUUCUACAUCGACCCCGCCGCCCGCAUUGCUCUCACCUCGAGCGGCCUCCACCCCUCCGUCAUCUCGACGCUCCCGGUCUUCACCUUCUCCGAUUCCAUCCAAAAAUCGGAAUGCGCGGUGUGCUUGUCGGAGUUCGAGAACGGGGAAACGGGUCGGGUCUUACCCAAAUGCAACCAUAGUUUCCAUACUGAGUGCAUCGACAUGUGGUUCCAGUCCCACACCACUUGUCCGCUUUGCAGGGCGCCUGUGGAGGCCAUUUCCGAGCAAGAAACUCGAUCCGAGGUGGCUGUUGUUGUGUGUGAACCUGAAACGGUUGGGGAAGAGGUUGGUUCUUCUUCUUCUGCAUUGCGUAACGAGAGCUUGGGGAGUGAGACGGAGUCUUCAUUUGUUUCUCCGGUGAGUCGGAUAGCGUCGUUGAAGAGAAUUCUGAGUAGAGAGAAAAAGGGAAGCGUUUCGGGGGGUGUGGUGGGAGGGUGCAGCUCCACAACCACCGAGUUAGAUGCAGAACGGGAAGAGUGUUACUUGGGGAGUUGUUCAUGAGGAUAAAUCGGAGCUGACGUGGUGGUCCUGGAAUCGUCGUCUCAUCAUUUUUACCAUGUACAAACUAAACACAGU